AUGGCGGAUAGAGGCUCACACAGAGGCGGCGGCCGAGGCGGAGGCGGAGGAGGAGGAAACUACCGCGGCGGAAGGGGAGGAGGUCGCGGCGGCGGCGGCGGCGGCGGCGACCGAGGCGGAGCCCAGGGCUCGGGCGGCGAUCGCGAGAGGCCCAAGAAGGAGAAUAUCCUCGACUUGUCAAAGUAUAUGGACAAGCAGAUUACUGUCAAGUUCAACGGCGGGCGCGAAGUCACUGGAACGUUGAAGGGAUACGAUGCGCUGAUGAACCUGGUGCUGGACGAGGUCCAGGAAGUCAUGAGAGACGAAGAAGGAAACGAAACGACCAGGUCCCUAGGCCUCAUCGUCGCCCGCGGAACCCUCCUCGUCCUCGUCAGCCCCGUCGACGGAAGCGAGCCCAUAGCGAACCCGUUUGCGCAGCCCGAGGAGGAGUGA